GAACAAUGUCUGGAGGCUUCAACUUUGGGGUAACAGAUGGUUUGAACUUUGCACCUCGACAGAUUUUUAGCAUCACAGCUCGGAUGCUAAUCAUUAGCCUUGAAGUGAACAAAGGACUCGGAGUCUUUCCAGGUUCCAGGAAACCUAUUUCACGACAUGAUCUGAAAGCUGUAACCAAUGAUGUGACCAAUGCCGGAAACAGAACUAUAACUUUUAUGAUUGUAACUUCCCCAAAACUUGGAAGGCUGAUCAGAGUAAAUUCUGAUAAUACCACUCAGGAAAUCCUCAGUUUUACACAGUCUAUGGUGGAUGAAGGUGUGAUCAUGUAUGAGCACUUACAUGCUGAGUCCGCUGUCUGGAGUGCAGAAGAUUUCUUUACGUUUACUGUCUUCUCUCCACCAUCUGCUCUGGACCUCCAGGUGUUCCAUAUUGUCAUUUCAUAUGAAAUUACUAGGCAUGAUCGGAACAGUUGUCUUCUGGCAAAUACAGGUGCCAUAGUCCAGGAAGGAGGUAGAGUAUUAAUCAACAAAACAAAUUUAGAUGCUUCAAAUCUAUUGAUUAAGCUACCUGAGGUACAGCGCUCCAUGUAUGAAGUCUGGUAUCAAGUCCUAUCUUUACCCCAACACGGCACGAUUGUUGUUGGAGAAAGAAACGUUACCAAAGAAAAACCUAACUUCUCCCAGUACAUACUGAACAGAUUUGGAAUUGUGUAUGUACAUGAUAAUUCUGAAUCACUUAAUGACAACUUCACUUUUGCUGUUUGGUUAAACCUAAAGAGCAAGUCUGCAACAAAGCCCCCUAGUGAAGUUUUAGAGGAGAUGUUUAAUAUCACUGUUGUUCCAGUGAAUGACCAAGCUCCAGAAAUGAAGACCAAAAGAUUGCACUUGAAAGUCCUGCAGGGCGAUGUAUCCGUGCUGAGGUCAGAGAAUCUUAAAGUUGAAGACCUUGAUAACAUCCCAGAUGAGCUCAAAUACACCAUUGUCAGCAACCCCAAUAAUGGUUAUUUGGCAAUGGAAAGUAAUCUCAGUGUCCCUAUAAAGGAUUUCACACAAGCUGAUGUUGACAGUGGAAAAGUUUGGUUUGUACAGGAUGGAAGUUCAUCUUCUGGGGUGUUUUAUUUCAGCGUGACUGAUGGUAAACAUCGCCCUUUAUACAAACUGUUCAGUCUUGAAGUCAUACCAAUUGCUCUUGUGCUGGUCAACCUUACCAACGUUGCACUUCUGCAGGGCCAGACGUCUGUCACUAUUACUAACGUGCAGCUUUCAGCUGUCACAAAUGGAAAGAGCACUGAUAUAAUGUAUGAAAUAACUCAGCCGCUCAAGUACGGGCACCUGAUGAUUGGAAAUGAGCAGGUUACUAAAUUUGAGCAGGCAGAUUUGUAUUCAGGAAGGCUGUCUUACCACCUGACAAAUCUCACUGCAUCCAAAGAAGUGCUGGAGUUUAUGCUCUUCACCGCAGAACGCAAUCUAACAGGACAAGUGCUGAACAUCACAGUGAAGCCUUUAGUACAAGUUGUACCUGACAUGCAGAUUUCAAAUCAAGCAGCUUAUAAAUUCAGAAGCAGUGACCUGGAUGCUUCUGAGCUAGCUAAUUUGACAAAUAGCAACCCUAGAUUUGAAGUGAUAGUGCCUCCAUCUUACGGAAGGAUUGUAAAGAAAAGCUUUGUGAACGAUGCAGUCUUCGAAGACAUUCAGACAUUCACCCAGGCUGACAUCGAUAGUGGUGUUGUGCUUCUAGAUAUAGAUACAAAUAUGACAGGCAUUGAUCUGUUAAAUGACUCAUUCACGUUUAUGCUCAGGGCAGAUGCUGUGCAGCCUGCUGUUGGCUGUUUUCAGUAUUCCAUUGUGCCAUACAGUCCUCCACUUGUGAAGGGCUUUAUAACUGAAGUGCCUUCCAUAACCAGCCCUACCACUUUAAAGAUUCACACUACCUCAAAGGAUGAGACAGCAGCCUUCUCUCAGAAUGAAGAACCUACAGUAGCACCACAGAAGACUGGAUCAGCCAUGUGGCCAGGGCCCGAUCACUGGGGAGAUCUGCAUGAGGAAGGCGCAUUGCUAAAUCUUGCAGUGGGAACAAGUGGAUCUGUGGGGACUAAGACCACAACCCAGGCUGAUGCAAGAAGUCCAAGAGAGCAAGCAGGGGAAAGCAGCAACCCUUGGUACAUCAUUAUCCCCCUCGUCCUGCUGUCUUUGCUGCUCAUUGUUGCUGUUAUUUCUGUGUGCAUUUUGCUGAUGUGUCAGAAGAAAGAGAAGACAAAACCGCUCGUCGUAAGUCAAACAGAUUCAGUCCUCAGGAGUGCAGAUGGAUGUCCGGAACGCAGCUUGACUGUACCCAGUGUUACCGUGACUCCUCUCUUGAAGGGGCUUGAGAGAAGUACAGCCUCAACAUUCAUGGCAGCAAGACAUGAACAACUGCUUCCUGUCGUCGUUUCUCCAACUGUAGAACCGUCUCUGCAAAACAGCUGUUUAAACCUUGAUCCUGAAAUGAUCCAGUAUUGUCGAAAAACAAACCCAACUUUGAAACACAAUCAAUACUGGGUGUAG